AUGGACGCCUCUGACAAAACCACCAUUACGUUCUACGACAUCAUCCUCGACCCCAAGGUCUACCCAACGGCGCCGAAUCCGUGGAAGACGCGAUUCGCACUCAACUUCGCCAAAGUCCCCUACCGCACAACCUGGGUCCCCCUCAACGCCGUCGCCGAGACGCGCAACUCGCUCCAGCUCUCCGCCAACCGCAAACACGACGACGGCACCGACUUCCCCACCCUGCCCAUCAUCCGUGACCCGCUCGCCUCUGCCUCAGGAGACAAGGACGUCGUCGUGGGCGACUCGUUCGACAUCGCUCUGCACCUGCAAAAGACCUACCUCUCCGGCAAGAAAGACCAGCUCUUCCAGGGCGGAGCGGACGGUGGCACGGUAGCCCUGCACCGCGUCUUCAACGCCUUUGUAGACCAGGUCUUUAGCCAGUACGGCGCCCCGCUCGGGAGCUUCUACAUGUCCCUCGACCCGCGCACCGUCGAGGCCGACAGGAAGUCGUUCCUGGAUCGGUUCCCGGGGAAGAAGUGGGAGGACCUUGAGAUUCCACCCGGUUCGGACGUCAGGAAGAAGAUGCUGGAGGAUUUCGAGACGAAUCUGGAGGCUAAGCUCCGUCACUGUUUCCCUGCUGGGGGAGCAGGUCCCUUUAUUGAUGGGCGAGAGAGCCCGAUGUAUGCGGACUUUAUUGUCGGCGGUUGGUUGCAGUUCAUGAGAGGGUGUUUGCCUGAGUGGGAGGCGUUGAGGAAUGAGUGGUCUGGUGGGAAAUGGGGGAGACUGUUUGAUGCGCUUCAGGAGUGGACGGAUGUUGAUGGAAGGGAGGGCAUCGUCCCGGCGAAGCGAUAA